UGAGGGGCCGUGCGGGAGGGGAGGCGGGCCCGGGCCGUGCGGGAAGGCGGUGCCCGCCACAGCCUAGCGCUGGUGGGGUUACACGGCCCCGGUGCCGCCUCAACGGAGCGGGCCGGGCCGCGGGCAGGGCAGGUCUGCCAGGAUAGUGGGAAACAUCCCUUGUGUCACAGGGACCUCUCCAGAUGGCCCAGGAGGCUUUAGCAUCUUGGCGUGUCCUGUGAGGCGCCUUAUCUCGUAUCUCCCUGCCAUCAAUGUCUCACUUUAAAAAUCAUGGAGCUGGGAAAGGCAAAGCUUCUGCGAACCGGCCUCAAUGCCUUAUGCCAAGCAAUCCACCCUGUGCACGGGCUUGCCUGGACAGAUGGGAAGCAGGUGAUCUUGACUGCAUUACACCUUCAAAACGGAGAGCCCAAAUUUGGUGACUCGAGCAUUUUUGGUCAGUUUGAGCACGUCCACGGGCUGUACUGGGGCCCAUGUCCCCCCGAGGCCCCGGCCCUGCUCACGGUGCAGCACAAGAAGCACAUCACCAUUUGGCAGCUCUGCUUCAACGGCGCCGACAGGAGCAACCUCCUGGUGUCUCAGAUCUGCGACAUCAGCGAGCCGCACCCCGUGCUGCCCCAGGGCUGUGUGUGGCACCCCAGCAAGGAGGUCUUGGCCGUGCUGACCACCCGGGACGCCUCCGUCUUACCCUCCGUCCACCUCAACAACUCCAGAAUUAGUGCAGAGAUCAAAGGCAGCGGCCUCAUCCACUGUGCCUGUUGGACCAAGGAAGGCAACCGCCUGGUUGUGGGAGUGGGCAGUGCCCUUCACUCCUACAUUUGGGAUGAUGCUCAGAAAACACUGAGUGCUUGUUCUUUCUGCCCAAUCUUUGAUGUGGGAGGCUACAUCUGUGCCGUGGAGGCGACGCAGAAUUUCCAAGUCGCCGUUGCCACUGAGCUCCCUCUAGACAAGAUCUGUGGCUUAAAUGCUGGUGUUGCAUUUGAAGUUCCAUCAAGUGUUGAAACCGAGUCCUUCCCCUCUCAGUCCAGCUUGUGCGGAGAGGAGGAGUAUUCCAUGGAUGGGGGGAAGAAGUCGCUGGACUCUGAGAAGUCCUUGUCUGUAGUGACAUCUCCUGUGGAUCUCACUCACAUACUUUCUAGCAAGCAGGGUGCUGAUUCCAGCCCUCUCCUUCACCUGAGGCCCAAGGACUACCUGACGGGAAGUGGCCAAGAUUCUUCACACCUCAUCUUGGUGACUUUUGAAAGAAAGGUUACCUCUACCAAAAAAGCGAGCAUCCCGGGCAUUCUGGUUCCUGACAUAAUGGCUUUUGACCCCAAAACUCAAACUGUAUCGGUUGCCUCCAAUACUUGUAAUGUUAUUUUAGUCUAUUCACUGACUUCAUCCAAUUUACCCAAUAUUCAGCAAAUUCAACUAGAGAAAAGUGAGAAACCAAAGGGUUUGUGCUUCUUGACCAAUAAACUGUUACUGAUAAUGGUUGGAAGCCAAAAAUUCAGUGACCCUGCGUUUCUUCCCUCUUCAAGGUCAGACAAAUACAUGAUCCGUUUGAUAAUUAAGAAACUGAUAUUUGAAAUGGGUCCUUCAACAUUUCCAUCAGUUAAUGGCAGUUCCAGUUUGAACCUUUCCAACAUUCCUCGUGAUCCCUCUAGAGACGUUCACCCCCUAAGCCGUGGGCUCCUGAUACCGGAUCGCUCUGCCCUGCAGUCCCCUACGAGCCGAAGGAAACUCAUUGAAGAAAUCAAGAGUCCUACUUAUGAACAAAACCUUGCGUUGAACGUGAGCGACUUCAAAGACAAAAAGAUUCCCUUGAACUUACCACCAGCUGUUGAGAUUUUGGAUGCUGAACCAGUCAAUCGGACCGUGGCACUGUCUGCUGCAUCAAACAAGCCAACGUCUCCAAAAAGGCAGGCAGAGGCAGCUUCCAAAAUACCCAAUUCUUACAAGAAUAACCUGUUCACUGAAAAGGAGGCAAGUUACUUCUUGAGAAAUGUAGAAAAACUGUCUGGUAACUUCACAGAAUUGCAGCAGCACCUCUGUGAAUUAACUGAGCUGCUAAAAUCUGGGAAGAGAAGUCUUCCAGUGUAUCCAUCUUCUCAGGAACCCUCUUUUAUUAACAUCACCUGCCAGGUAAUUUUAAUAUUGGAAGCCAUAGUGAUGAAAUCUGUUUAUGGCUGUAUGUUCUUCGUAAUGCUCAAAUGUUUACGUGUGCUCACAGGUUCCUCUUGGAUCGUUCUCACAGCGGACAGCGAGGGCUUUGUCCCGCUGACGUGCAUAAGAGAUGCCAGUGCAAAGGGCUACAGUGCCCGUUCUUCCAAAACUUUGGACAUCAUCAGCUCCACACAAGGGUGCAGAUCCGCUCCUUCUGAAAGCCUGGAUAUCACUUCGGAAGUCCUCAGGGACUGCUCUUCCAAGACCUUGGACAGCGGCAGCCCCUCGGAGCAGCCGGGCAAUAAAGUGUAGUUUUUGGCAGUGAUUUUGUGAUGCCUGUCUGAUGAUGGGGGGGCUUUUACAUUUACUGUGUAGGACUGUGGGUUCUCAACAGCAGUCUCACAUCUCUGUUGGAUUUCUGUAAUUUUUUUUUUACUUUGUAAAUUAUUUAUUUGAUCCUUGGAAACAUUCACUUUUUUUUUUUAUACUGAGCAGUGUUUUUUAACUAUGCCUCUUGCAGUACAGACCAGCUCUUUUGAAAAUGCCCAUUCUUACUACAAAUUUCUGAGCUCAACUUUCCAUCUUGGUCUUUAAUACAGUGGUGUUUUUAGACAAUAGGAAACUUGGAUAAUAAAGAAAUCCUUGAAAAUGC